AUGUUCAAAAACACGUUCCAGAGCGGCUUUCUCUCCAUCCUCUAUAGCAUCGGCAGCAAGCCUCUGCAGAUCUGGGACAAAAAGGUGCGGAAUGGUCACAUCAAAAGAAUCACUGAUAAUGACAUCCAGUCCCUGGUACUGGAGAUUGAAGGGACAAAUGUCAGCACCACAUAUAUCACAUGUCCUGCAGACCCAAAGAAGACACUGGGGAUUAAACUUCCCUUCCUUGUCAUGAUUAUCAAAAACCUAAAGAAAUAUUUUACCUUUGAAGUACAGGUACUAGAUGACAAAAAUGUGCGUCGGCGGUUUCGGGCAAGUAACUACCAGAGCACCACCCGGGUCAAACCCUUCAUCUGUACCAUGCCCAUGCGGCUGGAUGACGGCUGGAACCAGAUUCAGUUUAACCUGUCUGACUUCACCCGGCGGGCAUAUGGCACAAAUUACAUCGAGACCCUCAGGGUGCAGAUCCAUGCAAACUGUCGCAUCCGACGGGUUUACUUCUCAGACAGACUCUACUCAGAGGAUGAACUGCCAGCAGAGUUCAAACUCUACCUCCCAGUUCAGAACAAGGCAAAGCACGCAGGCCCGUCUAACACAGUGCGUCCCUGUGUGCCCGCUGCUGCUGCUGCUGCACAUGCUGCACCUCCAGCCCAGGUCCACACGAACGUCACUGAGGCAGGGCACCAGUGA